AUGGCAGUACCAAAGAGAGACGCAAGUUUCAAUCAACUUCUGGAAUAUUCCAAAAAACAUUUAACUGACGAAGAAUCAAUCACUACAACCUACGGAACCCCUGUGCCCGAAAAAGACGCCAGUUUGACAGUAGGAUACCAUGGCCCUGUGUUGCUUCAAGACUGGUUUGCCAUAGACCAGCUAGCGCACUUCGCCAGAGAACGAAUCCCAGAGAGAGUCGUUCAUGCACGAGGUGCUGGAGCAUUUGGCUACUUCGAGGUUACUCACGAUAUUACCCAAUACACAGCGGCGUGUGUAUUUUCAGAGAUCGGGAAAAAGACACCAAUGGCUGUCAGAUUCUCUCAAGUAGCUGGCGAACUAGGUUAUCCGGAUACCGUUCGAGAUAUACGAGGGUUUGCUCUUAAAUUUUAUACUGAAGAUGGAAUAUGGGACAUAACAGGAAACAACCAACCUGUUUUUUUUGUGAAAGACUUCGUGAUGUUUCCCAAUCUCAUACACGUCAUGAAAAGGAAUCCAAAGACCCAUAUUAGGCCUGACUAUGAUAUGUUCUGGGACUUCCUUACUUUGAGACAAGAAACCACUCACACCACGUUGAUAUUUUUCUCUGACAGGGGAAUACCAGAAAGUUUUAGAAAGAUGCACGGAUUUGGCGUUAACACUUACGCCUUCGUCAACUCCGAAGGAAAAUUUAACUAUUGCAAGUUCCAUUGGUUAUCUAAUCAAGGUAUCGCAACUCUAACAUCUGCAGACGCCCAAAGAAUAGGCGGCAUAGACCCAGACUACCACAUAAGAGAUCUAUACAACGCUAUCCACGACGGCGAUUAUCCGUCCUGGAAUUUCUACAUUCAGAUCAUGUCUCCUGAACAGGCUGCAAAGAGCGAGUUCGACCCAUUCGAUGACACCAAAGUUUGGCCACACGGGCAAUAUCCACUCAUUCCCGUGGGAAAAUUGGUAUUGAACAGGAAUCCUGAGAACUAUUUCGCCGAAGUCGAACAGAUCGGUUUUGACCCAGCACAUUUAAUUCCAGGAAUUGAGCCAUCUCCGGAUAGAAUGUUGCAAGGCCGCCUCUUCGCAUACGGCGACACCCAUCGCCACCGUCUAGGCCCCAACCACAUCCAACUCCCAGUGAACUGCCCCUUCAGCAUUCACAACUACGAGCGAGACGGUUGGGGUACCAUCCACAGCCAAGGUGGAGCUCCCAACUACCACCCCAAUAGUUUCAGAGGUCCAGAAAACGACAAAAGGGCCAGGGCUCUAACUCCUCACUUACCUCUCAACGGGGUUGCUAAGAGGAUUGACAGUGGAAACGACGACAACUUUACCCAGGCUAGAGUCUUGUAUCAGAGGGUUUUGAAACCUGACGAAAGAGCAAGACUGAUCCAGAAUAUAGUCACCUGGUUGACCCCUACUACGAGCAUUCUGCAGGAAAGAGCCAUAGCGUUGUUCUCGAACGUUGAUGAGAGUUUUGGCAAGAAGAUUAGGGAGGGGUUGAAUUCGUUGUCUUUGGAACAACAUGUUGUUUUAUAAACUAAUGAGUUUAUUAGAUAUCUUAAAGAUCAAAGUAGCCUAGGAUUUAAGAAAGAAAUUUAUUAGCUUGGCUUUGUAGGCCUUUGUGGCAGUUGUCAAUGGUUGAAUGCAAUUUUCAUAUAUAUUUUUAAAUGCCUUGAAAUAACAUAUUAUAAUCUUCUGCAAUCAUAUAGUGGAAGCAUUAGAAAUAUCGUGGAGGUUGUUAACUACAAUUUGGCGCACAAAAUAAAUGUUUUAAAAGGGUGUUAGCUGUAGUGACGUCAUUUAGUGCGAUCGAAAAUCGAGAACAUGAAUGAUAGGAACUAGCCGUCAGCAUCAUUAUAGUAAGUAACAAGAACCUAGACACAGCCAAUUUAAAGUUCGUUCGGAGUUUCCCGCACAAGUGUUUCUUUAGAUCCGUCCCGUCAGCAUGGAAAUUAUAUACUAGACAGCAGCCGGACGAAAAGUAGAUAGUGUUGUAAUUCGCACUAAAUGACGUCACAAUGCAUUCUUGAUCACGUGACAAAAUUUAAAUUUUUAGAUAGUUUGAAACAUUAUUGAAUUUGUAGCAUUAAAGGAAUUGUUUUUUACCACUAUCAUUGUCAGUUGUUGUCGGUUAUAGACUAUAAAUUGAUGCAGCUCUAAAAGGAAUUAAAUUUUCAUGCAAGCUGCAUAUUUCUGGGCUGCUUACAUCUUCAGUUAAGACUUCUUGAUGGUGCUAGAGUUUCCCCUGAAGAGAACGGUACGUUUUUAGAAACUCAAAGAAAAUCUAAACCGAUGACUUGGCAACUACUUUUGAGAUUGUUUAAAAACAUUUAUUGUCGUGAAAUAACAAAUAUUUGAAAAUAUAUAUGACUAAUAUUUUGUAGUAGAUUAAUUUGUAUUAUCGUAUAUUUUGUAAAAGUUUCUUCAUUUCGUUCAUUCUCGAUGGCUUGUAAAAUUGUUACAAAAUUGAGGUGUAAAACAGGCAGCAAACACGACCAUGUUUGUAACUUUGUAAUAAUCAUACCCGAUAAUUUUAUUUGACAAGUGUUGAAACACUAUGAAUACAUCUUCUCUUUAAAAAUGAGUUCUUUGGUCUCUAGAACCAUAAUUGACUUAUUAAUAAUUAUUAGAAAACUGAGGUGGAUGUUUGCUCUGAUAGUUUUCGCCUAUACCUCAGUUUUCCAAUAAUUUUGCUUAGAACAAUUUACAUAAGUUAUUAAAAAACUAUCUAAAUAUUGUCAAACUAGUCAAUAAAAAACUUUAACAGCUAAAAAUGAAAAAAUAUUUGUAGGGACCAAGUUAAAUGGAAAAUGUCAAAGCAUAUAUGGGUUACACUUGAGCAAAUAAACCAAAAACUAAAGGUAAAAACAACAAGGUUAUUGUAUGAAAAAAAUCUUAAUGGAAUGUUUUUCUUUCUUAUUAUAAAUAAAAUCCGGUUGCAAUAAU